GGAACUGUCCAAUGCCCACCCGGAGCUGGAAGGAGGAGCCUGCGUGGAGUGCGUGUGCGUGAAGCGGAGAGGGGGGGAGUGGGCCGGGGCCCAGGGUGUUUGACCGGUCAGUGCGUGAGAAGAAAGGAAGGAGGAGGUCCCGAGUAGCGGCUGCCGAAAUGUACCGGUGUGGAAGCCUGGCAGCGGGUGCUUUGAAGCAGAAGCUGGCGCCCUUGGUGCGGACUGUGUGCGUCCGAGGCCCGAGGCAAAGGAACCGGCUUCCAGGCAACUUGUUCCAGCGAUGGCAUGUUCCUCUAGAACUCCGGAUUACAAGACAAAUGGCUAGCUCUGGUGCAUCAGGGGGCAAAAUCGAUAAUACUGUGUUAGUCCUUUUUGUGGGCUUAUCAACAAUAGGUGCUGGUGCAUAUGCCUACAAGCUUAUAAAAAGUGACCAAAAAAGAUAUAAUGAAAGAAUUUCAGGAUUAGGGCUGACACCAGAAGAGAAACAGAAGAGGGCCGCAUUAUCUGCUCCAGAAGGAGAGCCAGUUGCUCAAGUCAGGGUACCAAGUCAUGUUCCAUUCCUGCUCAUUGGUGGAGGCACUGCUGCUUUCGCUGCAGCCAGAUCCAUCAGGGCUCGGGAUCCUGGGGCCAGGGUACUGAUUGUAUCUGAAGAUCCUGAGCUGCCAUACAUGCGACCUCCUCUUUCAAAAGAACUGUGGUUUUCAGAUGAUCCAAAUGUCACAAAGACACUGCGAUUCAGGCAGUGGAAUGGAAAAGAGAGAAGCAUAUAUUUCCAGCCACCUUCUUUCUAUGUCUCUGCUCAGGACCUGCCUCACAUUGAGAAUGGUGGUGUGGCUGUCCUCACUGGGAAGAAGGUAGUACAUCUAGAUGUGAGAGGCAACAUGGUGAAACUUAAUGAUGGCUCUCAAAUAACCUAUGAAAAGUGCUUGAUUGCAACAGGAGGCACUCCAAGAACUCUGUCUGCCAUUGAUAGGGCUGGAGCAGAGGUGAAGAGUAGAACAACACUUUUCAGAAAGAUUGGAGACUUUAGAACCUUAGAGAAGAUUUCCCGGGAAGUCAAGUCGAUUACGAUUAUCGGUGGGGGCUUCCUUGGUAGUGAACUGGCCUGUGCUCUUGGCAGAAAAGGUGAGUAUUGGGGGUGACCUCGAUUUUCUUCU